AUGUGGCGAGCCAACCCAGUAGUGAUAGAGGGACGCCUGCAGACUGCAUCUUGGGCUGGCCAAUCAGAAGAGUUUCUGGUGUGUCACCUGGUGCUCAGAGCUCUGUUUGGAGCAGUGAGUGGCUCAGUUAUUUUCCUGAGCAUCAUUCACAGCCUCCCUCUGACCUUUGACCUGAAGAUGGCAGCAGGAAGUGUGUUUGUCGUUGUGUGUGUCAUUUGUGGGGCGUUGUCCUCCGCCUUCAGAUGCUCAGUUCUCCUGAUGUUUCCCAGCAUGCUCGGCUCCCGUGGCCGAAUGUACCUGAUGGUGUUCAUCCUGUCUGUGCUCUCCACAGGACCGGUCUCUAACAUCGUGCAUAACGUGCACUCAGCAGCUCUGUCUCUCAGCUGUAACCUGGACCUGCAGGUUCUUCACAGCAAGCUCCUGUGGCGACACGCCAUCAGGCCGUUCACAGUCAUCACUCAGCAGCUUGUGGACGAUAAAGCAGCGUUUGAGUCGGAGGCUCUGAGCAUCAGCAGGAAGUUUCAGAUCCUCAGAGAUGAAGUCGUCGCUCAGUACGGAUACGACAAGUUCAAACCACAGCGCGUGGAGCAGGACAGGAGCACCCAGGACCAGUUCACUGCAAAGACCAUGAUGCAGUGCGACAGUGUCGUGACUGAGGGAGUACGGCGCUGUUCUGAUUGGUUCGAGGUCAGGUGGGCGAAGUGUAUGAAGACCAUAUCUGUUCCUGUUAUCAGCCACAUCUUCUGUGUCUCUAUGAAAUUCCACUUCCUGUGUGACAUCAUGAGAGUGAUGGGUCCCUGGUGUAAGCAGCACAUUCCUGUGGAGGGAAACUUCGGUCGACUCUUCGAUCAUCUGAACGUUUCCGUCGACAUGUUGUCCAGAGAGUUCAGCACCGAGCUCGUUGUCCAGGAGCAGCAGGCUGUGCUGGGCGAAGCUGCAAGCGAUCACUUCACUCAGUCUGUGAAAAAGUCUCUCCACGGCCUGACGACCGUGAUGAAGCAGCUGCUGGACGUUGUGCAGCUGCUGCUGUCCCUCACCAUCAUCAGCGUCUUCAUCAGGGCAUUCUGGUACGUCAGACAGUACAGGACAGACGUUCACUUUGACAAUGUCUACAUCACCAGCUACUUCAGAAAGAUCGACGCUCGCAGAAGAAGAGCGGGGAAACGUUUCCUGCUGCCGCUGAGGAAAUCAGAGAAGAAGAAGUUCAUCGACCCUCUGAGCUUCAGGAUUCAUCCUGAUGAGUUUCAGGAAGUGAUGUCAGGUGUGUUUCAGCUGCUCUCUGUCUCUCUGCUGUGCAUCGUCCUGCUGACUGUCGACUUCUCUGUGGUCCGCGCUCUGGACAUCGUCAGCAGACACACCUCCAUCCAGUUCAACCUGACCAGUAGUCACCAGGUGGAUAUCAGAGUGGGCGGGGCAUCCAUGAUGGCCAACCUCCUGAGAAAAACAGUUUCAGCCUUCAACAGCUCGUCCGACUUUCACAUCCAGACCGACAACCGGAGCGUGUAUGUGAGCUGUGUGGCUUGUGUUGUGUUGAUGGCGCUCUUCACCUGCCUUCACGUUUACACCAACCGCCUUCCACGGGUCAUCGCCGCCUUCUACCACCCGAAGAAGGAGAAGAGGCGGGUUUUAUACGCCUACAAUCUGCAGCUCCACAGUCGGAUUUCCUCCCGGGACAGUGAACACACCAGCAGCUGUCGGGAGGUGUGUCAGUUUCUGAGCAGGUGUGGGCGUCGCCUCUGUUGUCGCAGACAGGAAGACUCGGAGAUGCACCGCGACCCCCCCACGAAAAAAUAA